CUUCUCUUCUUCUUUGGCGAGAGUUGCCAGUAGCUUGCGCGGGGAUGCUCUCUGGGUUUCUCUCUGAAGCUGAAGGGGUUGUCCACUGAAAAAUGUAUGGGGUAAUUCUGGCGAAUCAGCAAAUUUGCAUCUCUUCCGUCGAGAGGAAUGCGAUUUCCCACUGCUCGCCUCAAACCAAGAAAGGGUUUUGCCCAUGCGGGUUUCCCGAGUCUCGGCGGUCGAUGCCUCGCGUGUUGAGCCGGACCAAGGCUCGUUACAGAAGAAUCAACGCCCUGUUGAAAGAAGAGUCCUUGAGAAAAUCAGAUGGGCGCAGUUUGCUCGCGGAGGAGUUCGAGUUUAAGCCUUCCUUCGACGAAUACUUGAAGGCUAUGGAGUCUGUCAAGUCCGUUAGGGAGAAAAGGCGCUCGCACAAUUCGAGUGGAUUGGACGAUAGUUUGAGUAGAGAACCGGAAGCAGAUCAGCCGAAUGUGAAAGGGGAGAAACUUGAUGGUGAUUCAAGCCGAGAAAUAGCUUCGAGUAUAGGUAAAGAUGGAUUGAGUCGAGAUGGAAUGAGGAAGAGAGGGCAUAAAUUGGAGAGCAAAGAGGGUCGCGCGGAUGGCAAGGGGAAGAGGGAGGUUCAAGGAGAUAUAGCUAUUAAGAAGAAGCAAAUUUUGAAUAAGGAUUCGAAGGCUCGCGGAACGAAAGCUAGCAUUGUAGUAUUGGGCAGUCGCGAUAUAACUAAAGAUGAUAAACUUAUUGAUUUGAGACGUAAAGGUGGUUUUGAAAACAGUAAAGUACCCAACAAAUUGAGGAAAGAUGAACGAGUUGAGAAAAGUAGUGAUGACAAAAUUAAUCGACGAAGCGCCACGCUUAUGAAAAGCACGAGGGCUUUGAACUAUAAGAAAGAUGAUGAGUAUUUCGGUGAAGAAAGAGCUGCAUUCAGGACCUUGGAUGAAUUCAGUGAUAUUGUGGAUAAGCCAAAAGUUUCGCGGAUGGAAAUGGAGGAUAGAAUCCAGAAGCUAGCAAAAUGGUUGAAUGGUGCAGACAUUGACAUGCCGGAGUGGAUGUUCUCUAAAAUUAUGCGGAGUGCAAAAAUCAAAUUUUGUGAUUAUUCUGUUUUGAGGGUUAUCCAGAUACUUGGGAAACUAGGAAACUGGAGGCGAGUACUACAAGUCAUAGAGUGGCUUCAAAUGCGUGAGCGCUUCAAGUCAAACAAGCUCAGGCACAUUUACACCGCUGCACUGGAUGUACUUGGGAAGGCAAGGAGGCCUGUUGAAGCGCUAAACUUGUUUCAUUUGAUGCAAAAUCAGAUGUCCACUUAUCCUGAUUUGGUAGCCUAUCGCUCCAUUGCUGUGACUCUUGGACAAGCAGGGCACAUGAAGGAACUUUUUGAUGUCAUUGACACUAUGCGAUCUCCUCCAAAGAAAAAGCUUAAAACAAUGACCUUGGUGAAGUGGGACCCACAGUUGGAACCGGAUAUUAUUGUCUACAAUGCUGUGCUUAAUGCAUGUGUCAAACGAAAACAAUGGGAAGGGGCAUUCUGGGUUUUACAACAGUUAAAGCAGCAUGGCCAGCACCCAUCUUCUAUAACUUAUGGACUUGUCAUGGAGGUGAUGUUUGCAUGUGAGAAGUACAAUUUGGUCCAUGAAUUAUUCAGGAAGGUCCAGCGCUCGUGCAUUCCAAAUGCCUUGACAUACAAAGUUCUUGUGAAUACACUCUGGAGAGAGGGAAAAACGGAUGAGGCUGUGUUAGCUGUUCAGGAAAUGGAGAAACGAGGAAUAGUAGGUUCUGCUGCUCUCUAUUAUGAUCUUGCUCGCUGUCUUUGUAGUGCUGGAAGGUGCCAGGAAUCAUUGAGGCUGGUUGAGAAGAUAUGCAAGGUGGCUAAUAAGCCUCUAGUGGUGACAUACACCGGCUUAAUUCAAGCAUGUUUGGAAGCCAGGAACAUUGAAAGUGGGAGUUUCAUCUUUAAGCAGAUGGAGGAAUACUGCUCCCCCAAUCUUGUCACUUGCAACAUUAUGUUAAAAGCUUACCUUGACCAUGGGAUGUUUGAGGAAGCAAAACAGCUCUUUAGCAGGAUGCUGGACGAUGCCAAUCAUAUUAAAAGUAAAUCUGAUUACAAGUUCCGGGUAAUACCAGAUACCUAUACAUUCAACACCAUACUGGAUGCAUGUUUUGAAGGGAAGAGGUGGGAUGAUUUACAAUUUGUCUAUCAAAAGAUGUUGCAACAUGGGCACCACUUCAAUGAGAAACGCCAUCUUCGGAUAGUAUUGGAUUCUUCAAGAGCCAGACAGUAUGGACUACUGGAAACAACUUGGAAUCACUUAGUUCAGGCGGAUCGGUUGCUGCCUCUUCCUCUCAUAAAAGAGCGCUUCUGCCUGAUGUUGGAGAAGGACGACUAUCCUGCUGCUCUUUCUUGCCUCAUCAACCAUGCAGCUAGUGAAUCGCAAGGAUUCUCCAGGAUUUCAUGGUUAAAGCUGUUCAAGCACAAUGCUCACAGGAUACGGGGGGAAAGUCUUGUGGGAUUGAUGCAUGAUGCUGCACUUCAUCUGGCCUCGGAGGACUCGUCAAGCGUAGUCUUGCAGACUCUACUGAUGUCUUGUAAAGAAUUUCUGAGGGUAAAAUGAUGGAAAAAGUAAUGCUUUAUAGUCUAUAAUGUUCUAUAUAUACAGUGAUUUAUUCCAAGUAAAUAGCAUUGAAUUUUGAA